GACCGUCGUAACACAAACACAACCCCAAAUCAUUUGUUUGUUGAUAAAACACAUGGACAUCCUCAACUGAUAAACUGAUAAAGAAAAGCUCAAGAACUGCAUCAAUUUAAGGAUUAAUUGUUGUGAGAAAGAUGGCUUCGAUUCUUGCAUCAGUUUCAUUUCAUUUCCCUUCAAGCAUGACCUCAGUUUCUCACUCUUUCUCUUCUUCAGCUACUGCUGCUUUGCCUUGCAAAAAUGGUCAAAAUUCUAGAGAUUCGUCUUUUUGUUUGCAUAAUUCGUUCUUGAGAAAGGAGAGAAACAGAGCCAAGAAGUUGGUUUGUAAUGCUGCGGAGUAUAAAUUCCCUGACCCUAUUCCUGAAUUUGCUCAACAGGAGACAGAAAAGUUUAAGAGCCAUCUAGUGAAGAAACUUUCGAAGAAAGAUAUGUUUGGAGAUUCAAUUGAUGAAGUAAUUGGAGUUUGUACUGAGAUCUUCAGUACUUUUAUGCACACGGAGUAUGGGGGUCCUGGAACUCUCUUGGUUGAACCUUUCAUUGACAUGGCCGAUACUUUAAAUGAGAGAGGCCUGCCUGGAGGCCCUCAAGCUGCACGAGCCGCUGUUAAAUGGGCCCAAGAUUGUGUGGACAAGGACUGGAAGGAAUGGAAUGGCAACUAAAGCAAUUAGUAAAUUACUAACAGAAUAGUUUGGUCUGUUUGAAUGGUUGUGCCAGCUACUACAUAGUGCGAGCUAGCACAUUCCUGAGAAUUCUAAGCACAGGACUCCAAAGAAUCAGUAUGGAAUAGUAGCUUGUAUUAGUGAAAUCAUUUUUGGGUGGUUUGCAUUGUAAAAGAAACUGUAACUGUAAGUGGAUGUAGUCAUUUACUUAAAAUGUGACAGCAAUGGUCAUGUGUUUUUCCUCA